AUAUUCCAAAUGCAAAUAUUUGUAUUUAUAUUCUAAAAUAGAAAGACUUUUAGUUAUUAAAUGUACAUAGAGUAAAUUAGACUUUUUGGGGGGAUAUGCACUAUUAUAAAUUUUAACACAUGUAGAUAUAUGAGAACAUCACCACAAUUAGAAUACAAGGAACAAUUUUAUCACCUGAGGAAACUCUCUUUUGCUACAUACCUUGGGAGACACAUCCUCACCUUGACCUCUAACUCUUGAUAACCACUGGUCUGUUCUCUUUCACAAGAAUUUUGUCUUCUUGAGAAUGUCAUAUAAACAGAAUCAGGUAGUAUAUAUCCUUUUGACACAUAAUGCCUUUUAAAUUUAUCUAAGCUGUUGUGUAUGUUAUUAGAAUGUUCUUAUUUUAUUGCUGAGUAGUAUUCCAUUGUAUUAAUGUAUCACUUCAGCCAUUGAAGGAUAUUUGGGUAUCUAGUACAUUUGAAAAAAAUAACUUCACAGUUUAAUUUAUUUUAUUUUGGGGGGGAGGGAUAAUUAGGUUAUUAUUUAUUUUUAAUGGAGGCUUUUCUCCCCAAUGUUUCCAUAUAAUUUUAUUAGCAGUUAUUACAUGAAAAUUCACAUUUAUAGGUUCCAAAGGACUAUCUUAAAAAAUUCUAAAGUAUAUAUGUAAUUAGAUUUUAACAGUAAGGUAGAACGUAGUCUCAUAGCACAGCCCUUAAAAAGUCAAGAAUAAUACUGAGAAUUAAGUACAGUUCUAUCAAGAACUAGAAACGAAUUCUGUGUGCAUAGUGUCACUUAAAGCAAAGUUCCAUGAAAGUAUAACAUAUUUCUAUGGGUGUGAAUUUCAGUGGCAAACAUCAUUGACUUCCAAACAACUGACACCAAAGGAACUUCCAAUUAAAACACAAACACGGUGGCUCUCGUUUAAUGUAAAUCUAUGAUAAUUCUCUAAAGAGACCUUGAAUCCUUAAGUCUUGUAAUACGAUUUUAUGCUGUGACACUAGUACAAACACAUCAACUCUAAUGCAUAGAUUCUGACACAUGACAACAGGAUACUAAAGAUAGCCUUUUUCUAUGUCAAAAAAUGCUGAGUUUUCCAGUACAGUAUAGGCUGGUCAUUGCUGAUGUAGUGAAAUUCUACAUCCGUCCUAUUUUUAAUGGAGGAUUGAACCCAGGACCUUGUGCAUGCUAGACACACACUCUACCACUGAGCUAUACCCUCCUGCCUCUAGUACAUUUUAAUGGCUGUCUCCCCUACUAGUCAGUAAGUUCCAUGAUCAUGACAGGCUGGACACUGUUAGCAUGUGUCUUCUAUCUGUCUGUCUCUCUGGAUGUGUGUGCAUACAUACAUUACACACACACACACACACACACACACACCAGACACCAUAUGUGGUCUUUAUUUUUAAACCAUUUUCGUGUAAAAUGCACAGAUGAUGGCCUUUUAUCCCUAAAUACUUCAGUCUAGAAUCACGUAUUGCAUUCAGUUGUCAUGUUUUUGUAGUCUCUUUUACACUGUAAUGUCGCUUCGUCAGCCGUCUUUCUCACUUACAACUAACACGUUUGAAGAAUACAAUCCUAUUCUUUCUUCUCUUCCUUUCUUCCUCCCUCUCUCCCUCCCUCCCUGUAUUCUUCCCUUGCUCUCUCCCUGUCCCUGAACAGAAGUUUCCUCAUUGGAGGUCUGCUGUUUCCUCAUGAUUAGAUCCAGGUUAUGCAUCCUUGGUUGGAAUAUUACACAAGUGAUGUGUCCUUCUUGAAACACCACAUCCAGCAGUUUGGGGUGUCCACCUUCUUCUCAUUAAUGAUGUUAAUUCUGGUCAUGUGUUGUCCGAUUUUUCCAUUGUGUAGUUACCAUUUUUCUUCCCAGCAGCUGUUAAGCAAUCUGUAUUGAGAUACUGCUCCUUAUUAAAAUUUUCCCCUACAUUGAGCACAGUAAUAAAAGUUUUUAUUGUUUCUGGACUAUUUUUUUUUAAACAUAUAGUCAGUUUACAAUGUUGUGUCAGUUGGACUAUUUUUUACUGUAAACCUCAUUCAAAUUUUGAUUCUCUUGAGUUUAGGAUCUAUAAGUAACUUUUAAGAUCCAUAAGAUCAGUAACUGCUUUUGUAACCAUUCUUUAUAAGUAAACCCAUAUUGAUUGGUUUAUAUAUAGAUGCUAUAUGUCUAAAUAAUGUCCAGAUAUGUGUGAAAGAUGAUAAUAGAACAGUGUUUUCUUAUUUAUGUAUUCUUGUACUUGUAAUGGAUUUUCUGAAUAAAAAAAAAAAAGAUGUGUGUUGAAACCUGAAGCAUGAUAUUAUUUAAAGACAAAGGCAGUACAAUAAGAAUGAGAGAAAAAUAAUUCAGUGAGCCAAUUUCCUGAAAAGAAAAGGGAAGGAAGCCCAUUUAGGAACCUGAGUUAAGAGGUUCAGAAAUAGUUCUAAUGAAUAUUAGUAUGAAUGAGGAAAAGGAUAUGAGGAACCACUUUGAUUUGUUAUUCCAGAGCAAAAUCAAAAUGUCAGAAUUCAGAUUGGGGAGAAUUAUUAUGCAUUGGAGAUAUAUGAAGAUUUUAUUUAACUUGUUAUAGGAUUUAAAACUCAUGAGAAAAAAUUUAAAUUACCUAAAUAAUAUGAACUGCUGUGAAAUGGAAGUACUUAAAGCACAGGAAAAUGUACCUUCUGGUAAACGCAGUGGGAAGCUGGGAAACGUGAGUUCUAAUCUAAAACUUGAGAGGCCCGUUUUGCCACUAAUUAGUGAUGUGUUCAUAGCAAGGAAGAUGAAGAGGUCUCUGAGUUCUUUUUUUGCGGUUUUGAUUUCUGUGGUCUUCCCUAGUAGUGAUCACUUGUCUCUAAGAACAGCAACUCCUAGGUGAGCAGAAAGGCUAAACUUUGUUUUUCUGGAUGUCAGAAUUUUGCAGGAUAUCAACUGGAGAGCUCUCCUCUAUUAUUUAGAUGUACUGUGUGUUAUAGUCACUUUAGUUUACCUCAGUUUUUACAGUAUGAGAAAUAUAAGGUUCAUUUUAUUCUAUCCUGAUAUCAUUUUACAACCCAAGACAUACACCUUAAUAUAUUAAGGUGCUAGUUGGUAGUAUUCAAUGUUCUUGAUACUCCAUAUUUUUUUAAUUAUAAAAGAAGAGCAUAGAAGAUAAUGUAACAGCAUUUGUGUUCACCAUUCUGAAUUGUUCGGUUUUGCUACCUUUUUUUUUCAAGGAAUAAAGUAAAAUUGAAGUCUCUACAGUAUAUUCAAAACAAUAUAUUCUAUGCAUUAAAAAAUUCAUAGAAAUUACAUUACUCUAUUUGUAUCUUGUUUCUACUUGCUUUUUCCACUUGAUAGCUAUCUGUUGAUGUAUAGAGUUUGUUUCUUCUGGGUAUUUUAAAUUUUCAUGUUUUUUAAAAAAUACUUAGUUUUAAAAUUAUGAAAUAUUUAUGUGUUGGAAAAACUCAGAUUAACUGCAUUCUGAAAGAAUAAGUUCCUGAGAUUUCCUUUUAACAAUACUUUUGAAACACAGAUAGCAUUACUUCCUGUCUCUCAGUUUCCUGUAUCCAUGGCAACCUCUGUUUUACACACUGAGUGUGGAGGAACCAGUGUGAAGAGUGGUGUUUCCUGAGCAAAUUGCGACUUAAAAAAAAAAAGGUGGAGGGGUGGUGGUCAACAGUGCCGCAGAAAGAAAUGCAGUUUAGAAAUGUUGCUCUUCAGAUUUUAGAAAGAAAACCUUUACUUGAAUCAGCCGAUUGUUAAUAAUAUGAAUUUCCUGUUCUUGCCAAUUUUGAUAUGAACAGAAAAACCAAGAACAGGGCUAUGUGUGGAGUACAUUUUUCUCUGCCUUGUCUACGACUGUUUCUGCUUGUUACCUGUUGUCUUGUAUUAUUAUUCCGUAAAGAGGUACUUGGAUGUUCAUCUGUUUGCCAACUCUGCACUGGGAGACAAGUUAACUGCCGUAACUUAGGCCUGUCAGUUAUUCCUAAGAAUUUUCCUGAAAGUACAGUUUUUCUGUAUCUGACUGGAAAUAACCUGUCCCAUAUAAAUGAAAGUGAAUUAACAGGACUUCAUUCUCUCAUGGGAUUGUAUUUGGAUAAUUCUAGCAUUGUGUAUGUAUAUCCAAAAGCUUUUGUCCAUUUGAAGCAUUUGUAUUUUCUAUAUCUAAAUAAUAAUUUUAUAAAACGCUUGGAGCUUGGAAUAUUUGAGGGACUUUCCAGUCUUCGUAACUUAUAUUUACAGUCUAAUCAAGUAUCUUUUGUGCCAAGAGGAGUAUUUCGUGAUCUAGUUUCAGUUCAGUACUUAAAUCUACAAAGAAAUCGCCUCACUGUCCUCGGGAGUGGUACCUUUGUUGGUAUGAUUGCUCUUCGGAUACUUGAUUUAUCAAACAAUAACAUUUUGAGGAUAUCAGACUCAGGCUUUCAGCACCUUGGAAACCUGGAUUCUUUGUAUCUAGAAGGUAAUAAUUUAACAAAAGUACCAUCAAAUGCUUUUGAUGUACUUAAGAGUCUUAAAAGACUUUCCUUGUCUCAUAACCGUAUUGAAGCAAUACAGCCCUUUGCAUUUAAAGGACUUGUCAACUUGGAGUAUCUCUUCUUGAAAAAUUCAAGAAUUAAAAAUGUUGCUAGGGAUGGGUUUAGUGGAAUUAAUAAUCUUAAACAUUUGAUCUUAAGUCAUAAUGAUUUGGAAAAUUUAAAUGCUGACACAUUUAGUUUGCUAAAGAAUUUAAUUUAUCUUAAGUUAGAUAGAAACAGAAUAAUCAGCAUUGCUAAUGAUACAUUUGAAAACAUGGGAGCAUCUUUGAAGAUCCUUAAUCUGUCAUUUAAUAAUCUUACAGACUUACAUCCAAGGGUCCUUAAGCCAUUGUCUUCACUGACUCAUCUUCAGGCAAAUUCUAAUCCUUGGGAAUGUAACUGCAAACUAUUGGGCCUUCGCGACUGGCUAGCAUCUUCAGCCAUUACUCUAAACAUCUAUUGUCAGAAUCCCCCAUCUGUGCGUGGCAGAGCAUUGCAUUAUAUUAAAUCGACUGACUUCACAAAUUGUGUUGCAUCUUCAACAAAUGUAUCCAGAGCUUGGGCUGUAAAAUCUCUUCAUAUUCAUCACAAGACCACUGCAUUAAUGAUGGCCUGGCAUAAAGUAACCACAAAUGGGAAACAUUUGGAAAACACUGAGAGCGUUACUUUCUGGGAACAAAAUCGUACUUCACCUGCCAGUAUAUUUUUUCAAGAGAAUACCUUUGGUAACCCGUUAGAGACUACUGCAGUGUUACCUGUGCAGAUGCAGCUUACUUCUCCUGUUAACUUGAACUUGGAAAAAAACAGUGCUCUACCAACUGAUGCUGCUUCAGUGUCAGGGAGAACAUCUCUGAUUUGUACACAAGAAGUUGAAAAGCUGAAUGAGGCUUUUGACAUUUUACUAGCUUUUUUUAUCUUAGCUUGUGUUUUAAUCAUUUUUUUGAUCUACAAAGUUGUUCAAUUUAAGCAAAAACUAAAGACACCAGAAAACUCAGGGGAAAAUAGACUUGAGUACUACAGCUUUUAUCAGUCAGCAAGGUAUAAUGUAACAGCCUCCAUUUGUAACACGUCCCCACAUUCUCUAGAAAGCCCUGGUUUCGAGCAGGUUCGACUUCAUAAACAAAUUGUUCCUGAAAGUGAGGCACAGGUUAUUCUCUUUGAACAUUCUGCUUUAUGAUUGAACUAAAUGUUGGCUAUCAGAAAACUUCAGUGUCAUGGAUCUGAAUAAAAAGGAAGCCUCCUUAUAGAAUUAUAGACUUUAUUUGCAUAUAUAAUGAAUGAUAUGAGUUUAGCAUUAAUAAAUGUGUUUUUAAUAUUU